AUGGAAAUUUUCAACCUGCCCGAGGGCCUCGGGCAGAUGCAAGGCCUGCGCGCUUUAACCUUAGACAAUGCGCCGAAGCUAUCAACGCUGCCCGUCUCCCUCACCCUCCUCACCUCUCUGGAGCACCUCAUGGUCUCUGACUGUGAGAGCUUUUCCUUUCUACCAGAAGACGGAUUCGGCAAUCUCGCCUCUCUCAUCUCUCACGCUAAAGAACCUGCCUCGGCUGCUCAAGCUGCCCGCGGCUAUCUCUCGCCUGGCUUCGCUGCAUGUGCUGAACGUGGAGAACGGCUUCCGCUCCUGGUGGGAAGCGUGGUGGUGGCAGGGGCGGCAAGGGUGGCAGGGGUGGCGGAGGUGGCGGUGGAGGGAGCGGUGGUGGAGGCGGCGGGGGUGGUGGAGGUGGUGGGGGUGGCCGUGGGGGUGGAGGCGGUGGGUGGGGUGGCGGCAGGACCGGGGGCGGUGGAGGCGGCAGCGGCGGUGGUGGGGGAGGAGGCAGCGGCAGUGGUGGGGGAGGAGGCAGCGGCAGUGGCGGUGGAGGUGGGAGUGGGGGUGGAUCUGGGGCUUGGGGUGCUGCGUCUGGAGGUGCUGCUGCUGGAGACACUGAGACUGGAGACCCUGGGACUGGAGUCCUGCUGA